AUUAUAGCAACAUAACCGAAAGGUGUAUAGUCACCGAUAUACACUUACAUCCACUACCAAAAUACUGAUUUCAAACGAAGGAAGGACAAUGAAUAUGCAAUUGACAAUUUGUGUCAUUGUAAUGGUGAUGGGCCUGGUAUCUGGUCGUUCAUCCGGUCCUCCGGUCGGAGAAAAUGCAGGUUUGUGCACCAGUAUGACUCCACAGCACGGUAGCAAUAAACCGAAAACCGACAACCCACCAUUCAUGAUCGUAGUUAGUAGCAGCACCUUCACAAAGGAUAACCCAAUAACAGUCACUAUUCAAAGCCCAGGCAGCACGACGUUCAAGGGACUGUUUGUACAAGCUCGAGUUUCCGAUGCAGACUUUGCUAACAACAGCGCCAUCGGAACAUUCUCUUCGUUUAGCUCCAACACUGGUGGAUUGACCUGUUCCAGCAAUGCCAAUAGCGCCUGGGGUCAUACUAGCAAUGAAAACAGAGACUUGGCCAGUGCAGAGUGGACAUACAGCGCAGGUUGUGAUGACAUUGGGCCUGUAGCAUUUAGGGCAACCGUCGUGGAAAAAUAUGCUGAAUACUACGUUAACAUCAGUUCAGAAGAUUUGCGCUUUGACAAUAGCACUUGUAAAGACAAUGGUGCAGGAAUGAGAGCAUCGUCAAUGAUAAUGAUCGUUGCAAGCAUUUUCUGCUACAUGGUUCUGUUGAUUUAAAUGCUGGCUCACGAAUGGUUAACCGUCAAUAUCAAGCUACAUCAUUAUUGCACUUUACAAUUACCAACAUUUUAAUAGUCGAUAUCUGGUAUCUGAUAUAAUUUAAUAUAUGGUAUACGAUAUACAAUAUAUACUAUAUGGUAUGGUCUUUAUAUAUGGUAUAUAUAAUAUAUUAUUCUAUAUGAUAUAUAAUUUAAUAUAUGGUAUAUAAUAUAUAAUAUUUGGUAUACGAUAUGUAAUAUACAAAUGCAUGUUGUUAGCCAUUCCUUUCUAUAGAAUAUUUGGUAGUAUACCUAAUUUAGGGCUUCAGGUUGCACAUCUAACCUAGUUUAAUUGUUGCACAGGUUUUACAGCACUUAUUAUUAGAGUAGAGUAUAAUCUUUAUACUUAUUCAGAUGUUCACGUAGGCCUAUGCAAUAUAGUAAUUCAUUUGGUGCAUUGAUAAGUAGAAAUGCAUCGGUGAUGUCAGUCAAGUUAGGGAAUUACAGUUAAACAAAAAGUUUUUGAGCACAACACAGUACUGAAUGAUGUAGGCCUACAAUUUACUGAACGGUGCCGCUACAGCCAUACACAAAAAAAGUGGUUUUACUAUUUAUCAACGUACGUAUCGCUUCACAUAAGAUAAUAGUAGUAAUAAGAUAUAUAAUCUUAAACAUGCUAAUACUUUUAUUAUUAUAUUAUAGAUAUAGGCCUAUAUGAGUAGGAAUUAAAAGCUAAAUGGAUAUAGUGUUCUUCUAAACCUGGGUCAGCCCGCAACAUUUUAGUAAUUUUUUUAAACAAUAACAUCAACCUUCAACUAAACAUAACAUUUAUUUGCUAUAAAAUAAACGCUAGAUAAAACGAAGGAUACUAGAAACACAAGAUAGAGUUCUCCACAGAAAAAUACUGUUCCACCAAAACUGUGGGAAUACAGUGGGGCGCCGCGUGCGGCUGGACCUAAAAAACUUUUGCCAAACUUACAUAACGGUAAAUAAAUAACCUCCUUUUGCGGAGGUAGAAAUUGUUGCCAUUAUCCAUAGGAUACAAACAAGUAGGAAUAAAUAAAUCAAAAGAAUAAAUGACACAAAAGCGCAGAAUCGUAUGACCCGACUCUGAUUUAAGUGAUAAAGUUAAAAAUAAAAAAUAAAUAAAAUAUAAAUUGAUCUAAAUGGUAUAUAAGUAUAUAAGAAUAAAAAACUGAAACCAAUCUUCGAUAACUUCAUCAAUACGAUAUCCAGGCGAUAACAAUAUCGUCGUCUGGAUUUAUAUAUUACUACUGUGUACGCAGUAUGAUAAUAAAAAUUAUAACUUUAUUUAAUAAAGAACAAACAGUAUCCAUUUAAAAUGGCACUGUGCAGAAUUUUAAAAAUAGAAAUUUACACAAAAUCAGUACUGAAUAUAUAAUAUACAUUAAAAGUUAAAUAGAAAAUCGGGACAUCAAAAAGCAUCACAAUACAAUUUAGCACAUCAAAAACCUACAGUGAAAAAAUAUAGGCCUAACAUACGAAGACUUAAAAAAGACGCGACAUGAAAGAGAACAAUACAACACUAACAAAUAUCGUUGGAUAUUUUUAAAAUACUGUGUGCAAUUUAUUAAUGUAUAAUGGACAGUUACACAAAGGCCUGCCCUUUAAUACACAGAGUACUAUACACAAAUAUGAUUGGCUCGAAGUGUCUAAAUCACUCAAUGGAUAUACGCGCCAAUGUUAAUCCGGGUACUCAAUGCGCCCGACAAUCAGCAGACGGUAUCGCGUCGUCUAAUGCUUACAGAGAGCGGAAUCGGAUUCGUCGGCCGACGGUUGUACGACGCAUGGAGUGCCUGGCUUUACGUUACAGUCUUUGAAAAUACAUUUUAUUCGAUCUGCGCCUAAUCAGGAUCAAUUUUUACGAUUUCAACAUUUUUUGAUUUUGCGUAUUUUCUCACACAGUCUGAUACGGAAGCGUGUUUGCUGACCACCAACUUUGCUUUUCCUUCGUCUCCAGCAAUUCUUGCAAUCUGAUCGACAUGUUUCUUUACUAUAUUACAAGAUGACUUAGCUUCCCAUACCUCUAUAUUGCCAUUAUUUUCAGUAACGAAGUCGGCAAGACCACCUUUCGUUUGGACUUCGACUUUGAUCACCCUGUACCUAAUCCUCAGAAAUAGAAAUACUUUUUUAGCGAAUGCUGGUCCCUUAUUGUUGAUGGCAGACAUCUCGAGAAAACUAUCUGUAAACGAUAAUAAAUCAAGUUAUCCUAUCGGCAAAUGAAAAAACGGCAUAAAAAUUACAAUAAAAUUAAUUUGAAAUAUAAGUUAAAAUGACUUAACAGCAAUAGUAUACUAUAUAUUUGUAGAAAAUCAUACUCUGUUCAUGUUGACUGUAUGUAGAGAGAGAAAGAAAAAGAGAAAUUAAUAAGUUAUUUUGAAUACUGUUUUUGCUAAAAUUGUAUUAAAUUCUAUUUAAAAAAACAAA